GCCUGCCGCUCCACUCCACUCCAAAACUCGAACCGUUCGUGGAUCGCACAUACAGUGGUAUUAAGAUAUAUUACCCAACAUUCGGCGGCCAUGAAUCUGCGCUACAUCUGCACCCUAACUCUGGUGCCGACGCUCUGCGUGCUGCUGGUACUUCUGCUGGAGUUCGUGGAGGAGGGCCUGGCCCAGAGUUCCGACCCACUGUUCGAACUCCCCGUCCAGCUGGUCGGAUUCCCCGUAAUCGUGCUCUCCGUCCGACUUUCCCAGUUCGCCAAGAAGCUGGCCUACUCCCUCAGUCCCAGUACAUAUAGAUCUCGCAGCAGGAGGGAUACCGCCCACCCGCUGGCCCUUGAUGCUGAGCUGGCCCAGAAGCAGAUCCUGGGUGAGUUCGGACCCCAAGCCUGCAUCCUGGAGGAGCCGUGCCGCGUCCACGCCUCUCGCCACUCGGGCAGCAGUGAGCGCCGAUUGCCCGGCGAUGGAAGAGCAAAGCCACAUGCAGUUUGGUCUGAGGUCUUGAGGAACUACAAAGUGCAGUCGGGCGUCAGUGGGAUGAAACAAUGGUACCUGCUAUCCCUGUUCAUCGGCGAUGCUGUGCGGGAUGUGCCGCUCUGCAAGCACCUGGCCAAAAGGAUGCCCUGUCCGGGAGCCGGACCUCUGCCGCCGCCCCAGCCCCGAUGAAGAUCUGGUCGGUUCCACCUCCCCCGGGGGACUUCUUACCAAAGGAGGAGGAGCAUCCGCAUCCGGACGCAGUCCCCUUAGUCAGUCACAUCGGACAUCUUUGUUAAUCAUCCAUCUUUCGGCACUCGCAUCCAGCAGCCAUGUGCUGUCCCCGUGCACCCCAUCAUGUUUUUGUACUUUUAGUUGCUUUUAAGGGUUUUAAUUUAAACGAACGCCCGCCAACAGACGUAGGCGCUUAGAUUUAUGAGUAAGCAAAUAAAUAAACAAACCAGCUGGAAAAAAUCAA